AUGAGGGAUCUCUUCAAGGGUAUCCAUUUACAGGAGUUCGAGGCCCAUGCAAUCCCCCAACAGAGUCACUGCGAGUAUUUGGCACUCUCGUAUCGCUGGGGCAUAGGCCGAGGGAUGCCACAGACUACCUCGAAAACACUCAGCGCACACAAGAAGAACAUCCCAUGGGAUACAUUGCCGAGAGCUUUUCAAGAGGCUGUUGUGCUUACAAAGGCACUCGGCGUACGCUUUCUAUGGAUUGACUCACUUUGCGUUGUCCAGGACGAUCCUGCGGAUAAAUUGCGCGCAUCACUGGGGCUAGACGACAUCUUUGGCAAUGCAUUUCUUACCGUUGCAGCGACAUCCGCGGCGGAACCAACAAAGGGACUGCUUGCGCCCAGAAUGCAGACAUUCAAGGUUCAAGCGACUGACAGUAAGGGUUCAGUUUCGAAAGUUUAUGUUCGGGAACAACCGUCACAUUAUAGCUUCAAAAAGCCAUACGACGCAGGCUCAUCCAUGCAUAACUGGGAGCUUCCGUCCAAUGCAUCGAAAGAGGCCAACGCGCACACGCCGCUGCUGACACGAGCCUGGGCAUACGCAGAGAGACUGCUCUCACCACGUAUAAUCCACUUUACAGACAGUGAAAUGAUAUUGGAGUGUCGCGAAACUUUCCAGUGCGAGUGUGGCAGGAUUGAUGAUGCGAGAUACGAUCCGAGGAAGACUGAUUCGAUCAAGAAAGACUUUGCAAAUUGUGCGGCUUUGAGCGACGCAAAUGGACACCGACGAAUGGACAGUGUUGUCUCCCAGCUCGCCAACACAAGUAUUACCGACGCAAGCAACGAUCCACCUCCAGAACCAGCAGAUCCUUUCGAAUUGUGGAAUUACAUAGUGACGGAGUACACUGCUCGAAGUCUCACUUACGAUGCAGAUCGAUUGCUAGCUAUCGCAGGUGUUGCUAAGAGCCUUUCACGAGCUAUUAAUGCAAGCUACAUCGCAGGCCACUGGACAAGCAGCACACUCGGUUUACUAUGGUAUCCAAAUGACGGCAUUCAAUGCCGUCGGCCUAAGCAGGUCGCAGGCCGCAACGUACCAAGCUGGUCUUGGGCAUCUGUGGAAGGCUCUCCGAUCUUCUUCGACAAUUCAUCUGCUAUGGAUCUGGCCUGCUCUGCUUCUUUCCCGGUCGGCCCUCAAAACGUGUUUUCACCUUUCAGCGGUGACACUGUCGAGCUUAGAGCGGCCAUGACUACGGAGGUCACUUUCAAUGAGGAUACACCGAACGAAUACUCGCUCUCCAAAAACGGGAUUAGCGUAGAAUUUCUGCCUGAUGUUAUACCCCUUCGUGGGGAAGACACGGUGCAGCUUGGCGAGACGCUCGUUUGCGCUUUGCUCAGCAUGUCUUUCCGCUCUUCCAUCCUCGGCCUUGUUCUCAAGAAGUCCCGGACGAAAGUACCGACUUACAGACGCAUUGGUCGCUUCGAAUGCUAUGAGUGCUUGAAAGACGGUAGCGAUGAAGAGCCAGAGGACGCGGAAGCGUUGUUCGAACACUGGUUCCCCGAAGUGGAAGAUAUGACACAGCUGGAUGAGCGCCCUCGGUACAUUUUCAAAAUCAUUUGA